UAUGUGAGCGGGAGGCUGGAAGACAUGAACGCAGCAGUAAGUCACAGGUGAGCAAAAGCAGCGUCAGUCCGCUGUCCUCUCCUCACCUCCGCCGCAGCUGCUGCUCUCAGAUCGACACUUGCACACACACGCACACACACACAGAAGAGUAGGAGAAACCUCACGACUCACCACCGACCCAGUCCUUCAGAGAGACAAUCCCCCUAAUCUAACCUGUAAACCUGCAGAUACAAAGGGACGUGCGUAAAGCGGGGCGACAGAGCAACUCUUAAUAAACGCGCCCAAGUGUCAAAAAGGAUUUCUUUUUUCUCUUCGAGCUCCGUCGUUUCCUUCUUGUUGGCGUGCAGGAAUUGUACGUGCUUCCGCGACUUAAAAUCGGCCAGCAGAUAACAAGCCGAUUAAACAUUUUGUCUUUCCUUCUUUUUCUUUGUCGCUCUGCAACCCAGUGAGGAGCCAGCACAGUGAUGGACUCUUGCUCUGGCGUCUCAGUUGUGCUUGCGUUCGGGUCACGCUGUUCUUGCAUGCCCGCUCUUUGUGAAAGGCAUUACUUGUGCGCAAAACCCCCUGCUGUUCUGACUUUCUAAAAGAGCAGCAGAUGCACAAAGUGGUUUUUUACAGGGUGCGUGAGUGAUGGCGACAAAACCGUGUCAGGUCAACGAGUGGCCAUCUGUACGUUCACACCUGUUUGGAUGCAUGACAGGUGAAUGAGUACUUUCUCCGCGAGUGUUUUCAAACUGUUUUCGGACUACUGUCUGCACCUUGACAAUGGAUCUUAAAGUAGAAACCGAGGACAUGGACUCAAGCCAACCUCCAUCCAUAGAAGUUUUUGCGCACCGGUCGACUCUACACGGAAUCUCCCACAUCUUCACGUACGAGCGGUUCUGCGUCAAACGCUGCCUAUGGGUCGUUUUUUUCUUGGGCUCUCUGACCUUUCUGCUGUACGUUUGCGUGGACAGGAUCCACUUUUACCUCGAGUACCCACACGUCACUAAACUGGAUGAGGUCGCGACCCCGAUCAUGACGUUCCCCGCGGUCACCUUCUGCAACCUAAACGCAUUCCGCUUCAGCCGGAUCACGCGCAACGACCUGUAUCACGCGGGAGAGCUUCUGGCCCUGCUCAACCAGAGGUAUGAGAUCAGGGAUUUACACCUUGUAGAAGAGAGCGUACUGGAGAGCCUGAAAGUCAAGGCCGACUUCCAUAAUUUCAAGCCACGACCCUUCAACAUGCGAGAAUUCUACGACCGCACUGGUCACGACAUCAGUGACAUGCUGCUGUCCUGCCACUUCCACGGCACAGACUGUAGACCAGACGACUUCAAAGUGGUCUUCACUCGCUACGGGAAGUGUUACACCUUCAACGCUGGUGAUGAUGGGCGCCCUCCCCUCAUCACCACCAAAGGAGGUAUGGGUAAUGGACUGGAGCUCAUGCUGGACAUUCAGCAGGAUGAAUAUCUGCCAGUCUGGGGGGAGACGGAUGAAACUUCAUUUGAAGCUGGGGUCAAAGUUCAGAUCCACAGUCAGGAUGAGCCACCCUUCAUUGACCAGCUUGGCUUCGGGGUGGCACCCGGAUUCCAGACGUUUGUUUCCUGCCAGGAACAGCGGCUGAUAUAUCUGCCUCCACCGUGGGGAGACUGUAAGGUGACGCCCAUGGAUUCAGACUUCUUUGAGAGUUACAGCAUCACAGCCUGUCGCAUUGACUGUGAAACACGGUACCUGGUGGACAACUGCAACUGUCGCAUGGUGCACAUGCCCGGCGAUGCGCCUUACUGCACCCCUGAGCUGUACAAAGAAUGUGCUCACCCAGCUCUUGACUUCUUGGUGGAACGAGACAAUGAUUUCUGUGUGUGUGAGACGCCUUGCAACAUGACCAGAUACAGCAAAGAGCUGUCUUUUGUCAAGAUCCCCAGUAAGGCCUCUGCCAAAUAUCUUGCAAAGAAAUACAACAAAUCUGAGCAGUAUAUCAAGGAGAAUCUUCUGGUUUUAGACAUCUUUUUUGAGGCUCUCAACUAUGAAACGAUUGAACAGAAGAAGGCAUACGAAGUGGCGGGACUUUUAGGUGAUAUUGGUGGACAAAUGGGGCUUUUUAUUGGGGCGAGCAUUCUGACUAUUCUGGAGAUAUUUGACUACCUUUAUGAGGUGAUGAAGUACAAGCUGUGCCGCUGCUCUGAUAAGAAGCACAAGCACAACAAUAACAACGACCAGGGAACGGUCCUGAGCCUAGACGACGUCAAAUGUCAUGUCAGUAACUUUCAUUGAGCCUCUGCAGCCUUGAGCAGGGAGCCUCUUUCUGAACUUUGUUCACAGCAGCAGAGGAUGUGCGUGAACUGUGCCUGGUUAAGGUUUGUGAGCCAUGCAUCGAUAAGGCAUGUGCCUAAAGUAAGUGGAUGGCCUCAAAGACAGCAGGGCAGCUUAAACCAGUGAACAACAUGCUGUGAUGAUAGAAUAGCUGCAUGAUCCUCUUUUAACAAAUAUUCAAGGCAUAACAGAUUCAGUAAAUAUGGGCAUGAGUUUGAUGAAGGUUGAUAUGUGUUUGGUAAAUCAGCUGAUGUUGUCUGUUACCUGUCAGUUUGAUUAGGCUUUAUGUGUAUUAUUUGUUUAUUAACGGGAAUUUUCUUAGUUCGGCAAUCGCUUUGUUGGCUUUAUCUCCUCCUCAUCCAGCUUUUCAUCUUCUAUAUUCAUGUCAUCCAUCCUCAUCUUAAGACCAUCUGCCCUUUUUAAUACUCAGUGUGUUCUGUUGAUACACUGUACUACCUCAUCUGUCAGGUCAACACCACCACGAAGGAUUUAUGAGUCAAGUAGAACCUGACAAACUUAC